UUUAUAACAAAAGAAACGACAUAUUAUACUAAUCAUGCGAUUAAAUUUUAAUGAUAUAGAUACUUUUUUUUCGCUCGAAAAUAUUUCAAUACAUUCUAAUAACGAAACUCAAUCACGAAAUAAAGUUUUAGAGAUGAUUGACCAACUUAAUUAUUACGUGUUUGCUUUGAAAUACCAUUACAUCAAGCACUUGAUUCUGGCCAAGAAUUUUGAAUAUCCAAAUACUAUCUCAACAUACCAUUCUCUAAUGAAUUCUGAAUUUGAACCAAGAUCUCGUCAAGGAAAUGUUGGAAUUAUAGGAGCAAAAGUUUGGCAAGGCCAAAAAAAACGAGGAGUAGAAUUAGGCCCUGAUAUGAUGAGGCAAGAUGGAUUAAUCGAUAAAAUAAAAUGCAUAGGUGUAGAUGUCAAAGACUAUGGUGAUAUAAAUCCAGCAAACAUUCCCAAUGAUGCCUGCGGAAAAGUCUUGAACCCUAAUACCGUUGCUGAUUAUUGCAAAAAGAUUUCUGACCAAGUUCAAAAAAUCGUAAAAGACGAUAGGAUUUGUUUAAUUUUAGGUGGUGAUCAUAGUCUUGCAGCAGGUUCAUUACAUGGUCACGUAUCUGUAUAUCCCGAUGUGAGGGUUGUGUGGAUUGAUGCGCAUACCGAUCUACACCUACCAUAUACCACAUCUUCUGGAAAUUUGCACGGGUGUCCUAUGGGUUUGAUGAUAAAAGAACUUAAUACUCCGGGUCAAAAUAUUCUUCCCGGUUGGGAAUGGCAUAAAGAAAGAAUUCCGGCACAUCAUUUAGUCUAUAUUGGAUUGCGGGAUGUCGAUACUCCCGAAAUGUUCUUCCUGAAAAAGUUAAACAUUAGGCAUUUCAGUGUAAAAGAUAUUGAUGAACAUGGUAUACAAGGUGUAGCUAGAAUGGCUCUACAACAUAUUAACCCGAAACUCGAUAAACCGACUGUCAUUCAAUUUGAUAUUGAUUCAUUGGAUCCUAAGGAUGCUCCAACAACUGGCACACCUGUUGAUGGAGGCAUGACAUUACGGGAAGGGUUAGAAUUGAUGGAAGAACUAUGUCGCACAAGAUGUAUAGUAGGAAUUGACAUGGUAGAAGUCAAUGUCAAAUUGGGAGAUGAAAAGGAGGCUCAAAAGACGGUCAGGGCCGCUAAUAAAUUAAUACUAGCUGCUUUAGGUGAAACACGACAUGGAGUUUUACCUCGAGAUUUUAAAAUAACUCCAUUACCUAGCCAUGAAAUGAAUGGAAUCACUAAUGGGAACCACUAAUAAUAAAUAAAAUUUUCAGAACUAAUUUAUAUAUAAUCAAAUGCUCUCUUUAGAAAUAUUUUCCAGUCAUUGCAUAAAUCAAUCUUAAAACAAUAACCUUUAUAAUUAUGUCAUUAUGUUA